CUGCCACCGUCUCUGCGAUCCUGCGCUCCCUCACCGGCUUCACUCCUCUUUCCUCUCACUGAUCGUCCCUCUCGGUGUUUCAGCGGAGGGGCUGCACGCGCGAUUGCGCUAUUGAUACCCACUUUACACUGUGUUUGUGGAAAGUCAGCCUCUCUCUCUCUCCCUCGCUCUCUCUGUCCUCCUCUCUGGCUGCGCUUUGGUAACCUAACAGGGAGGUGUUAACUACUUUUGCUUCCACAAAGCGCCUCCCGUUAUCUCCGGUGCUGCUGCGCAAGAGCCAGAAGGGCCACUGCUACUGAUAUUCCCACUCCGCAGAAAAGUUUUCGGUUUGUUGUGAGGAUAAAAAAAAAGAAGCCGGAAACCGAGGAGUCGUCUGCAGAAGACGCGGAUUCUACCACGGCGAGUUUGGCGACCACAUGACGAUGAGGAACCAGCUUUGACGAUCUGCGGAUGUCCACCCCCCCUCCCCGGACCAUUCGGCUUCCACAACGCGUCCAGCAAACUCUCCAAGAGGGAGGCUCUUACUUCUUAUUACCCAGGAGGACAAAUGUUAUCUUGACCAUUUAUUGUAUUUAUCACCAGGACUGAAGUUGUCCAAACUGUGAAGUCUGUAAAGGACUGAACAUACCCAACGGCACUUACCUGGCACGGAAUGAUCUGGACUGAACUGAGCUCAAGUGAAUUUGGCUGGAGACAGAUUAAGUCACGUUAGCUCCACUAAGGAGAGAUGAAUUGAAUUCAGGCUAACCUGAACUUACAAUUGCUGACACCCUUUAAUUUCUUAAAGAAUACUCUCCUCCCUUAGAAACCUUUUUAGGAGCCCCUUUCUUCAAAAAGCCAAAACCCUUAAGUGUCCACCCUAGAUUCCCUCACUUCCUCUGACCCUCUCCAAGGGUCUUGAACAGGCUCACAUUUUAUUGAGGAGGAAUCAUCUCUUCCUCCUCCUAAAAUCCUUACGACCUCUUCCUUUUGUCCAGACAUGGAUCUCCACAGGGCGGCCUUCAAGAUGGAGAGCUCCUCCUACCUGCCCAAUCCCCUGGCCUCCCCGGCCCUCAUGGUCCUGGCCUCCACCGCUGAAGCCUCUCGCGAUGCCUCAAUUCCCUGCCAGCAGCCACGUCCUUUUGGCGUCCCAGUAUCUGUUGAGAAAGACGUACAUUUGCCAUUCAACAAUGGUUCUUACACUUUUGCAUCAAUGUACCACCGCCAAGGUGCAGUUCCACCAGGAUUCCCCAACAGGGAUUUCCCUCCGUCCCUCCUUCACCUCCAUCAUCAGUUUGCCCCACCUAACCUGGACUGCUCGCCAAUCAGCAUGCUGAAUCACAGCGGCGUUGGCGCCUUCAGGCCUUUCGCCUCACCUCCAGAAGAUCGGGACGGAGCACCAGGCGGGUAUCAGUCUGCUUUCACCCCAGCCAAGCGCCUCAAAGGCUGCCUGGAUGCAGAUGCUUCACCUCACCUGCGGUACUCUGAUGCAGAGGGGAAAGAGUACGACUUUGGCGGUGCCCAGAUCCCUCCCGGAGGCUCGCCCAGCAGCGCCUUGAAAGCAGUGGAGGACAGUGGGAAAAAGAUCUUCGCUGUGUCAGGCCUCCUGUCUGAUCGAGAGACUUCCUCCAGCCCUGAGGACCGCAUAGAGCGCUGUAAAAAGAAGAUGUCCCUGUAUGACAGCCAGGCUCCAAUCUGUCCCAUCUGCCAGGUGCUGCUCAGGCCCGGAGAGCUACAGGAACACAUGGAGACGGAGAUAGAGAGGCUAGCCGCCAUAUGCUUCAGUAAGAACCCCUCACCCAAGGAUGGAGCAGCCACUCCGGGAACUCCGAAGUCAAUGCUGUUGUCAGUGCACAUCAAGCGCGAGGGAGAGUCUCCCGUGGUCUCACCCCUGUCCUCUGAAGACGCCCACCAUUCCGACAGAUACCAGACAUUUUUACGAGUUCGAGCAAACAGGCAAACAAGAUUGAAUGACUCUCCCUUUGCAGCCCGUAUAGGGAAGAUGAAGAGGAGGAAGCCUGAGGAGGGGGGCCAGGUAUGUCCGCUGUGCAGCGCCCCAUUGGCUGGGAGCGAGGAGGAGAUGAGUAGACAUGUGGAACAAUGCCUGAUCCAGCGUGAGGGUGCGUUAGGCGAUGAUGACUCCGCAGACAUGGAUGGAGAGAAUGGACGGGGCUUUGAGGAGUACGAGUGGGCGGGGCAGAAGAGGAUCAGAGCUACAGCUUUGCUGGAGGGAGGCUUCAGAGGAACAGGUUUUGCCACGUGUAGCAUCAAGGAGAGCGCGGCAGACAGCGAUGCCGACCUAGACGUGGACGGAGACGACACCUUGGAAUACGGCAAGGCCCAGUACACCGAGGCCGAUAUCAUCCCCUGCUCUGGAGCCGGAGAGGACCAAGGAGAAGCCAGGGAGAGGGAGGCGCUACGGGGAGCCGUGCUCAACGGUGGGAUGCCUUCUAACAGAAUAACGCCUGAAUUCUCCAAAUGGGCCAGUGACGAGAUGCCUUCAACGAGCAAUGGAGAAAGCAGCAAGACAGACCCCAGCACCCCUUCAUCCUCCUCCUCUUCCUCCUGCGCCCCGCGCACCUGUAAAAACAGUGAGAUCGAAAAGGUAACAGAGGAGGAGUCUACGGCUACUACCAUGGAGGCUCUGAAGGCUCGAAUCAGAGAGCUGGAGAGGCAGAUACUGAGAGGAGACCGAUACAAGUGUCUCAUCUGCAUGAGGAAGCCUGCUAUCCAGUCAGGUGCGGAGAUCAAGAGCCUAGGGGUGUGGCCAGGGCCCCGGCCGCUGGCCAAUGAGGUCGGAGAGAGGCAGCCUAAGUCCCUCCCCCUCGGCCUGUACUGCCUGUACAGGGGCCUUGUGAUUGGUGGCUACGGCAGCGGCAUAAAGAGGCUCCUCCCACAGCCCUUACGGAGGGACUCCUACACGAUGCCACUCACUUCCAUCCAGUGCUGGCACGUGCAUUGUGAAGAAUGCUGGCUCAGGACUCUGGGGAACAAGAAGCUGUGCCCGCAGUGCAACACCAUCACCUCACCCGGAGACCUGAGACGUGUCUACUUGUAAAGAGCACACCCCUGCCCCCCCCUCCUCCCGCCUCUUUGUCGUUCCGAUUCAUUCCUCUUCUCAUCUUGGAUUUCAUCGUCCGCCCUCGUCAAUCCUUAUUUGUUUGCCCUUUCUCAUGGCCUGGGUUGCUCGCUCCAAACCCUCCAAGAGCGUACAGAGACAAGACGGCUGUCUUUGAGACUCCACUGGCUCUUUCAGGAGGGCAAAAACUAGAUGAAACUGAAUGACUGAGCAGAACUCACUGACUCUCCAGCUGGCUGCCUGGCCACCUAAAAAAAAAGAAAAAAAAAAAAAAAGAAGACAGAGACCUGCAGUCCCACUGGUCAACAGGCUUGUUUCCUCUGCCUCACUGACAUGACUCCCUGUACAUGUAACAUAGGGUAUUAUCCACUGAAGGACUUAAAGCCAGUGGAGGACCCUGACACCCAGCUAAACCCUGCUGAAACGUGGUAGCUUCACGCUGCUGAAGCUGGACCUGAAAGGAACUUCUUAAUACAGAAUAUAAAGACUUCUUUUUUUCCCCUCUAGCUCUUCUAUGACAUUUCGAUGGUGCUGGACAAUGGGCUCUACCCCGAAGACUCGACAGAAAGCUUCUUUUUUGUUCACUAUCCCAGAGAGAAAACUCUUGUCUUCAUGCCCCUGUUGCUUAAGAGAAUUAAAAAAAGGGCCUGUCCACUAAAACUGAGCUUUCAACCAAACUGAGAAUAACCUCACAACCUUGAAAAGGAGUUUGACACUCCUCCUCCACCUCUUCUUCCUCUCGCGAGCCCUUCCCUCCCCUUCUUCCCUCUUUUGUGGUGUUCUAGUGAAGUAAACCAAAAUUUCUCCCCCUCCAAGAUGCAGUGCAAGCACAUGUAAUAUAGUUCUAUGUAUGUUUACAAUGUUGGGUGUAAAUGACAUAGAGUUCACACACGCAUACGUACACACACAUGCAUAUACAUUACCAUCAGCUGACACAAACAGAAGUAUAUAAUAUCAAAGUCCUGUUGUAAGUUGGAAGGGUCUGGGAAUGAUGUUUGGGGAAAAAAAUGGCUGGAAUAAAAGAAGCCUUCUGUAUUUUUAAAAAAGAUCAUUUGAAGAUCUGUUAUUUCACUGUACAGGAAUAAAAAAUUUAAGUAAUAAUAAACAACUCAAGACUAGAUGGUCAAGAUUUAGGUGGUGUAAUUUUUCUGCAGAGUACCCUGAAAAACUGUAGAACAUGAAGCAAGGAAAGAUCUUUUGUUAGUUUUUUGAAGUGGAGAGAUUCCUACUGCCCAAGAUUUACUGCAAACAAGCAGAAAGAUGGAACUGCUCUUUAGUUGCAACAAUUUCCAACUGAGCCUCUUCUUUUAACCUCCAUUACUGCUUCCUCUCAGUUGGAGUAACAUCACGCUCAGAUCAUAGUCUAGAAAUGUUUUGUUUUACCCCUACAUGUCUCAAAGAAAGCUUUUUUCCAUUGUUCUCAUACUGCUACGCUGCACAAAGGUCCCAAAAUGGCAACCCCCGAAGGGCAGGUUCUUUCUAGCUAUAACAGAUGAGGGAAGUCUCUGGAAAAGAAGGAUAGCCAAAGGCUGAACUGGCAACUUCCAGAUCCCACAGCAUUUCCCCCUUCCCUUUACGGCAGCAGCAGCAGCAGCAGCAACCAAGGUGGUGGUGUGCUUUGUGUUUGUAAAACUAUGUAUUCUGUGAUGUCUGUAUUGUUGUAAGAAAUGCUGAAAAAAAAAGAAAAAAUAAAACUUCUCAAAUAC